AUGACGUACGUGGUUACUCAUUCUAACAUACAGAAGGAGCAGGAGCGUGUCACUGCAACGAUUGAGCAGUAUAACACACAGCUGCAGGAAAUUGACGAACAAAUUCUUGAAAUUGAGCAGAAAAAAAAGGAGAUCACGCAUCAAAUUCAGGAUCAUGAAGAAAAGACUCUGAACUUUCAUGUUGACUUGGCCGCUCAUGAUGGACUUGACUCUAUUAUCCGGUUAGAGAACAAACUCAAGAUUACCCAGCGAUGCAACCAUUUGUUAAGCCGAGAGAACGAAACCCAAGAGCGACUACUCGAGGCUCGUACAAAAAAGCUUAAAAAAAUUUCAGAUGAAAUCGAUAAUAUAUCGUUCACGACAGGAUGGUGCGACAACGUAAGCGACACCAACGACCAGGAUGUAGACAAACAAAAUGCCGCUAUACAGGAAAUCCUGGGGGUGGAAGCCAAAACACGUGAAGAGAUCAGAUCCACAGAUAAAAACAUUAAAAAAAAAGAGCGAACCAUCCUGAAGCUUCACGUAAAUGCUGGGCACAAUCAAGAGCUUCAGGUUCGCCUCACCCGGAUUCAAAACGAGGUCCGGUUCCGGCAGCGUGAAUGUCGUGAACUGGAGACCAAACUGAAGCGCAUGCAGACACAGGACAUUCCUGUUGAGCAAGAACUUGUAAAGUUGGAAGAAAAGACGAUUCCAUUAUCCCAAAGCUUGACAUGUAUGGAAAAGGACAAGGAAUUUCUCGCAGAGGCGGUGAGGGAGUCAAAAAUGAUCUGCAGUCGACAGGAAAAUGUUAUUAAAGCGCAGCUAGCCCGUCAAGAGCAGCUGCAGAGUCGCCUUGAUGCGGUUAUGAAAUCACUUCAUGUGAUGGAUCUGGCAAAGGACUUUGAGCAAAACACAUCUAAGUCUGCGCUGGUUCCCGUUUCUGCGCGAGAGGAGCCUGAAAACGUCUCUCAAAUUUUACCGGAGGAUGAGCGUAUUCCAAUCGACACCUACCGUCUUCUAUACAAAAAUGGCGAAAUUACGCGCACGAAUUUGGCCCGAAAAAAUAUGCUAGUACUAGAAAAGGAGAGUGUAAUCCAAGCCACAGAAGAGAAGUUGCAGCAGCUGAUUGAUAAACACAACCUUAACGCACGUCAUGGGGAUGCACAGCAUGUGAAUGCGGAUGACCAGAUCAGAAAUUUUCUGGAAACAUUGCAGACCAAGCAAGAGGACUAUCGCACCCGUCUGGAUGCGCUAGUGGCUGAUAAUAAAAGGUUGCGCAUUGAGUUGUCGCGUAAAUCAAGGAAUCGGCGUCGAGUCAUUGCUUCUGGUUCAAGGUGA